AUGGAAUCCCCACUUCUUAAAAGUGUUUUAUCUCUUCUUGAAGAAGAUGAAGAUAAUGAAAAAAAUGUAGAGUCUUUAAAGAGUCUUAUUUAUGAUACAUAUGACCCAAUAACGGUACAACCACCAAAAGAAAUGAUGGCAAAUAUGGAAAGACCAAAUUCAGUUCCUUUAAAUAAUGCAGUUUAUAAUGCACCACCUUUUAUUCCAAGAAGAAAAAUUUCAAGUAAAACUACUUCUGCCAAUUGUAUUUCACCAAGCUUUUAUCAAAUGAGUUCGAGAGUUAAACAACUUGUUUCUAGUCCACCUACAUAUAAAAAAUCUAAUAGUACUUCAAUCAAUUCUCAUAUAAAAAUUCAACAAACUAAUAACUAUACAGUUACUGACUUAUGUAAAGAUCAACAAGGAAGUAGAAGAAUCCAAACAUUUUUAACUACUGCAAAAGAUUUUGAAAUUACAGAAUUAUUUGAUAGUAUUAAAGGAGAUUUAUAUGAAUUGAUGAAUGAUUUAUUUGGUAAUUAUGUUGUUCAAAAAUUCAUUGAAUUAGGAAAUGAUAAAUUACGUCAAUUUGUGCAUUCCAUUAUUAGAGGAAAGGUUGUAGAAUUAUCUAAACAUAUGUAUGGAUGUAGAGUUAUUCAAAAGAUUAUUGAAUAUAGUAAUACAAAUGAAAAUGAACGUAUUUUCAAUGAAAUUGAAAAGAGUAUUAUUGAAUUAAUUGAAGACCAAAAUGGAAAUCAUGUUAUUCAAAAAAUUAUAGAAAAUUAUUGGGGGUGUAUAGAAAAAAUUCUUUCUGCUCUUCAAGGACAAAUUGAAAAAUAUUCAGGACAUGGAUUUGGAUGCAGAGUUAUGCAAAGAAUUAUUGAAAAAAGAGAUAAUAAUUUUAAUAAUCAAAUUUUUCAAGAAUUACAAGGGAAUAUUAUUGUACUUUCAAUGAACCAAUUUGGUAAUUAUGUUAUUCAACAUUUAUUAGAAUUUGGUAAUGAUACAAUUAGAGAAGCAAUUAUUAAUGAAGUUGAAGAUGUUUUCUUUGCAAGCUCAUUAUUAAAAUUUUCUUCUAAUGUAAUGGAAAAAUGUGUUCAAUUUGGACCUUCUAAUAAGCAACAAAUUCUCAUUAAGAAGUUAUUUGAUUGUACUGACGAUAUGAUUUAUAAAAUGAUGAAAGAUCCAUUUGCUAACUAUGUUCUUCAAAGAAUGUUUACUAUGAUGAAUAAUGACCAACGUUUACAAUUCUAUACUUCCUAUGUUCAAAGAAAUAUUAAUUCCUUAAGAAAGAACAUUUAUGCCAAACAUUUAUUAAAUUCAUUAGAUGAAUCAAUGAAAUAA